ACAUUCUUAAACACAAUAUCUGUAAGAUAUUCUCAAGCAGCUUUAGAUGAUGGAAAGGACAAACCAAAUGUAGAUGAUGGAAAGAGCAAGCCUAGUGUUUUGUCAGCAAUGAUGGCUGCAGCAAGAGAUAGACGGACAGCAUUUGAUGCCCUUAUCCAGAAAGAGGCCACAGCAUAUGAAAAGGGAAAGCGCCACCUGGCGAAUAUGAUGGGUGAAGAUCCAGAGACAUUUACCCAGAAAGAUGUUGAUGAUGCUAUUCGCUACUUAUUUCCAUCUGGUUUAUUUGAAAAGAAAGCUAGGCCAAUGUUGAAGCACCCACUGGAGUACUACCCUCCCCAAAAGGCAGCCCAGUUCGGCCCUGAUGGAAGGCCAUAUGAAUGCUUAUUUUACACUGGCAAAGCAAACUAUUACAACCUGAUGCAUGAAUGUGCUAACCAAAUGAACAAACUUAUUAAAUAUGAAGACCAAAAAAUUGCCCAGGGAAUUCUAGAACCAAAUAUUGAGCAAGUGAAUCUAACUCGAAGUGAGUGGAUUGAUAAGAAAGCUUUGGAAUUAAAAAUUGUGGAGAAUAUCCGUGAUGAAGAGUAUGAGAGGUUCAUUAUUAUGAUGGAGAGGCUACUACAGCAGCCAUAUGCUAAGCAAGCUGAGGCCUUUAUACUGGAAUACAGAAAAGAACUUCAUGCCAUACUCAACAAAGAGGUUAUACAUGAGCUUCAGUAUGACGACAAUGGUAUUGCAUUUAGUGAAGCUGUAGGUCAGCGCAAGUCAACCAACGCCAGGGUCAUUAUUAGAGAUCAGGGGUCAGGAAAGGUCACUGUCAAUGAUAAACCAAUCCUUGAGUAUUUUCCAUCUAUUCAAGCUAGGCUCUCAAUCAUGUUCCCAUUCCAAUUUGUUGGCAUGCUUGGCAGAUUUGACACGGAAUGUUAUGUAGCUAAGGACGGCGGUAAACAGGGCCAGGCUGGGGCUGUGCGACUUGCAGUCUCACGUGCAUUGCAGAGUUUUGUUGAUGUGGACAAAAUAGAACAAAUGCGACAAGCUGGUCUAUUGACUCAAGAUCCCAGGGUAAGAGAAAGAAAGAAGCCAGGGCAAAAGAAAGCAAGAAAGAAGUUUACUUGGAAAAAGAGAUAGUAGAAAAGACAAAUUGUGUCCAUGUAUAAAUUUGUGUAAAUUCAGCUAAUAUUAAUAUUGAACUAGUCAUGGUGCCCCGUGUCAGUAAAAUAUUUUCGCUCACUAAGUGUCCGAGGUGUGGAUAAUAUCCCAACUAAAUAAAUCACUGAAAAUUUCAACUACUGAGUACCAGACUGUAAAAUAAGGUCUGAAUAUAUCCUCCAUGCAAAAAUUAGGCCGAUUUCUGCGCAGACUUUGCAAAAAAUUAGACUUGACCUAUCUCUUACUAUAUAAACAUGUACAGUAUGAUACAUUGAUUUUCUGCACAAAUUUGAGCUAGUUUGUGGUGUAUCAUCCGCGCAAUUAAAAUACUUCACAGUAUGGAUUGACUAUUCAACCAUAAAUUAACUUUUGUUUUCAACAAAAA